CUCUGCCGGAGAAAGAAAGACGUUUCGGGUGCUUAGCCGUUGGUCGCCAUUUUAAGAAGUUACAAAAACCGGUGGUAGGUAGGUGUUACGCAGCAAGCCUUUACGGUUUUUGGUAUUUUAAAAACAGUUUUCACCAAUAUAAGGAUCAAUGUCUCGAUUCAACUAUCAUCGCGGCGGUCUUGGGAUGAACAAUUUCCAGCCACGCAGAGGCGGCGGACCCGGCGGCCCCAUGCGGGGUGGGCUAAUGGGAAACCCAAAUUUCAGGAACCAUCCUUUCCAGAAUCAGAACCAAAAUCGGAGGGGAUCCAACAACAACUUCAACAAACCGCAAAACCAGGGACAACAGACGACUCCCCAGAAGCCCCAACAGAACCAGUCAAUGCCGAUCAUCCCUCCGCCGAGUCCCGGCCCGGCUCUCACGAUGAAAGGCCCGAUGCAGCAACAACAGCAACAGAAACCGGCCCCGCAACAGCAGGAGCAGCAGAAGCCGACCACCCCUGCGCCUCAGACCAAGAUACAGUCACCGCCGGCUAAACCGAACAUAACCUCCCCUCAGCCCAACCAGGCCAACAAGAACCAGAACCAGCAGCUCAAGUCACCGGUAGGAAAUGCUAACGGGCAGCAGCAGAAGCAGCAGCCUCCGCACCCAAGCCCCAAAACAGGACCACAGCAAGGCCAGAAGGGAGGACCGCAGCAAGGCCCAAAGUCUGGGCCACACCAAGGCCCGAAGGGAGGUCCUCAACAGGGCCAGAAGGGAGGCCACCAGGGCCCGAGGACUGGUCCACAGCAAGGCCAGAAGACCGGCCCACACCAAGGACAGAGGACAGGGCCACCGGCGAUGAAGUUCAAACAAGAAACCACAAACAACGAAGCAGCAGAAUCAGAAGAGGGCGAGUCAAAGGCUUUUAAGGCAACGCUGUCCAUGCUGCUGAAGCCCGGUGAGAAGACAUACACACAGCGGUGCCGUUUGUUCGUUGGUAACCUGCCGAACGACAUCACAGAGGAUGAUUUCAGGAAGAUAUUUGCAAAAUAUGGAGAGCCCAGUGAGGUCUUUAUCAACAAAAGCAAAGGCUUCGGGUUCAUCAGACUGGAAUCCAGAGCACUCGCAGAGAUAGCAAAAGCAGAGCUGGAUGACACACCGAUGAAAGGCAGACCCUUGCGUGUUCGAUUUGCUUCACAUUCUGCAGCAUUGUCUGUGAAGAAUUUGUCACCAUUUGUGUCUAAUGAGCUCCUAGAAGAAGCUUUCUCACAGUUUGGAAUGGUUGAGAGAGCGGUCGUCGUCGUAGAUGACCGUGGGCGCUCCACAGGCAGGGGCAUUGUCGAGUUCGCCUCCAGGCCUGCAGCCAGAAAGGCUCUGGAUAGGUGCAGUGAGGGUGUCUUUCUGCUCACCACGUCACCUCGGCCUGUUAUUGUGGAGCCUCUGGAACAGUAUGACAAUGAAGACGGUCUUCCAGAGAAAUUGGCACAGAAGAACCCCAGAUAUCAAGCAGAGCGUGAGGAGCCUCCUCGUUUUGCACGUCCUGGCACUUUUGAAUUUGAGUACUCCAAGCGCUGGAAGUCCCUGGAUGAAAUGGAGAAGCAGCAGAGGCAGCAGGUGGAGAAGAACAUGCGUGAAGCUCGUGAGAAACUGGAGAGUGAGAUGGAGGACGCUUACCACGAGCACCAGGCCAAUCUGCUGCGGCAAGAUCUACUGAGGCGACAGGAGGAACUGAGGCGCAUGGAGGAACUGCACAGUCAGGAGAUGCAGAAGAGGAAGGAGAUGCAGCUCAGACAAGAGGAAGAGCGACGGAGACGGGAGGAGGAGUUGCUUCGUAAGAGAGAGAUGGAAGAACAGAUGCGCCGCCAGCGUGAGGAGAACUACAGGAUGGGCAACUUCAUGGAUAGGGACAGGGAGAUGAGAAUGCAUUCCGGUGGAGCUUUGGGCAUGAGUGAUUUGCCCUUUGGUGGAUCCAACCAGAAGUUCCCAAUGGGUGGUCUGGGCUUUGAGGGUCAGCAAGGAAUGGGACCAUCUUCAGGAGGCUUGCUGGGCAACGAAAUGCGCAAUGAGCGCUUCGCCCAGGGCGGUCCUAGGGGAAUGGGUCCUGGUAACGCUGGGUAUGGCAGGGUCCGCGAGGAGUUCGAUGGCCCUGCUAAGAAACCCCGUUUCUAAAUGCUGCUCUUUGAUGCUUCCAGCAGCACCAUUUGUAUAGAUUCUCCAAAACGAACAUGUUGAGUCGCAUUUCUUGUAUUUAAGUUUAAAAUGUUGCAGCAUUUUAGCCAGACAAUUUACUCAUUUUAUGACAGUCAAUAUUUUCAAUUUUUUAUUUUAUAUUGUCUCUAGUGUGGAAAGAGGUCACCCUUGAGUGAUCCAGUAGUUCUUUCUUACCAUGUAUAAUUUUCUUUUCUAGUUGUGUUAUGCUCUGUGAGUCGUCGUGAAGUGAUAACUGUAACAUUUUUCUCAACUUCCUAUGGCUGUGUUUUGUGCCAUACAUUUGGAGUCAAAGCAUGUAUUAUAAUAAAGAGACAUUGGUUCUAUCCGGACAAACCUUUUAACAUUCAUUCCUAAAGUUGAAAUGUGCGGUACUAUCAAAAAGCAACCAAAUCCCAACAAUGGAUUGUUUGCAUAAAUGAAAUAGUAUACAUACAUGUAGAUGCCACAUUAGGCUUUAAAGGGUCUAUGUGUUGUCUCUGCCACAGUCCUGGCCUUUCAAUUAGGCAACGCAUACAACACCUGAUACCACUAUUGCAUAUACCUCUCUCCGUCCUUCGCUUCUUUGUUUUUCUCCCUGCAAAUUCAGAGGACUGACACCUGUCAGUAUUCUUAAUAAGUAUACUGUUAAGAGUUUUAGUCAACGGGAAUUAAACAGCGGUGUGUAAACACUGAACAGCGCUGAGGCCUAAUGAUUGCAGGAGACUCAGUGGAUUUCUUUUGCACAACUGAGCCAUUUCAAUUCACAAUCACUGCUCAGACAAAAUGAAGAUCUUUUUUUUGGAACACUAAAACUUUCCAUUGUUUUUCAUAUUAAAGUGGCUGCAUCAGCUUUUUCAGCCAUGCUUCAGGACAACAGAAAUACUUCACAUAGAACCUUUAAGACUGCCUGUGGUUCAGUUGGUGGUUGUGAGUAACCGAGCUGACAGACAUUCUGCUCACAUCACUCAGUCUGUCACAGAAGUGUGUGUUUGCAUGCUUCAAGGAUGGGUUAUUCACUACGUUUACAUGCAGUUCAGGAUGUCUUACAAGAAUCAUUUGCAGCAUUGACUUUUAAAAAAAAAAAAGCUGAUCUGUUUUUGUAGACAAAGAUGACAUGAAAGCUGCAUUUCCACUUUGUGUUGCCACUUUCUUGGGAGUUGAAUUAAGUUCCACAGCUUCACCCUAGUUGACCUGAAACUUUUUCCUAAUGUUUAUUAUAUGUAUUAUAGUUCUAGUGUACACUUUUCAAACUGCUCAACAACCAACAUGGCAUGUAUUGCUGCUGUUAUCAUGUGUUUAUUUAUAAUAUAAUUAAUUUCAACCCAUAAGACCAGCAGGCAGAGUGCAUUCAAUGCAUUGUUGCUAAUUUAGUUUAUCUGAAGAUAACUCCAAGAUUUUCUUUGGUUGGCUUCAGGCCUGAUGUGUAUUUUGCAUCUGGCAACGUAAUCACUGUAUAAGACGGCCUAGAGGUAAAACUUGUGUGUAUGUGUGUGUGCUGACCUUUCAUUGACAAGUCUAAUAGAAGUUGUGGGCAUAUUAGGCGCUCAUGGCUCAAUUCCCUUAAGUGGCAACAACAGCUAAUUGAUAGCCAUUUACUGUCUCAGGUGAACAGACAAACUUCCACAAACCUGCAUGUAAACGUAGUCAUCAUCAGUUACGGACUUAUUUUGGGUGCAACAAAAAUCUACUAAAGUUGGUGUGUAUAAGUAAAUCUAUAGUAAAGGAACUGACACAAGAUCUUAUCUGAAUUGAAUGUCAGUACAGUAGUUUCACUGUUUGUUGGCAUGGGUCUGCCUUUCCACGACUGGAAAAGGCCUCAUGAAAUGAAAUGAAAUGAAAAAUACUUUAUUUAUCCCAGAAGGGAAAUUCAAUAAUCAUUUAGAUUUAUGUAAACAUGCUGUUUGAAAGCAUGAUACCCAACAGAAACCAAAGCAGAUAUGCAUCAGGUUUACUCUGGAUGAAGACAUCAAGCCUUUUGGAUUACAAAAAAAUAAUAAAUAAAUAGUAACGGGUUACAUCUUUAACCAGAACUCUGACUAAUUCUGUUCAUGUUGAAUUUAUUUACAUGGCCAGUAAUUUUUGAGUUAACAAACACUCAGCGCUGGAUUUAGGAAAUGGAAACAGGUCCUCAACUUGCACAAGUAGUGCUUAACUGUCAUGGUCCUACAAGAGGAAAAGGACUCCAGAAACCUAAUUUGUCAAGGCAUGGGAUGACCUGCAGUGAGAUUCAGACAUGUUCUUAGUGUCUGAUGGUAGAAAGAAGGUCCAUCAGCAGCCUUUCUAGUAAACUGUUAGUAGACUCAUAUCAGUGUCUUACAGCCACAGUAUUGGGUUAUCAUCUUUUUUAAGUGGGUUGAAGUGCUUUUAUUUUUCCCAGAAUUGCCUUAGCCUUGUUUUUUGGGGUAACCUUUUACAAACACACCGUCCCACUCGGCCUUGUAUCAUUAUUUGGGUUGCAUUCAGCAGUGCCCAUUGACUAGAACUUUUUUUUUUUUUGCUUUUCAGCAGACAUGUUUGUCUGCAGCCUCCCUAACAUCAUAUAUAACAGUAUUAUAAGAACCAGCACACAAUAUCAGAAUCCAUUUAACAAUUGGAUAGCUUCUUAUUCGCAGACGUUCUGAAGAGAUAUUUCAGGAGGAAGAUGAAAGCAAUUGAAGAGUAAUAGUUGGGAUAAUUUACCUUGGGACAUUGGAAUUACACAAAUUAAUUUGGCACAUUGAUGUAUUAUGAAACCUAUCACUCGUGCAACAGUGGUUGGAUGUUACUGUACAGCAGAUGGUUUCAACCCCUUUCUGUUAAUGGCACAUUAUGAGUGAAGUUCCCAUUUUUUAAAUUCUCCUGCCUACUCUGAUACAACCAGUACUUUGUUAGAAGUACAAUAAAUGGAAAUCUCCAUUUAUUCACAAACUUGCCUCUGCAACCGUCUGUCAGUUGUGUGGAAAGAGGACACAGCUUGAAAAAGUGAGUGUAAGUAACGUUAUAAUAAUUCUCAUUUCAUAUAACUGUAUUAACUUGGCUGAAUUUUCUAGCAUGAGUUUUAAUCUGACUUUCUGUGGACUUUUGAAGGUGUUUAUGUUACUUGUACUCAAAGAAAUUAUACAGCAGUACGACUUCCAGUACUUGUUUAUAAUGCUUGAUUCUGAGUUUCAUCUUAAAGGUCUUUUUCACAGUUUCAACAUGAAGUAACUGGAGUCAUUUGCUUUAUACUCUCUGGUAAACUGUUAAAGUCUGUCUCAUGGUUGACUUUGGACAGCAUUUGAACCUCUAACUGGAUGACUACAAUGCUUCCCAUUGUCUGUCUUUUUAUUUGUUAUUUAGCCAAGGUUUGACAAAACAAUGCAGUGAUGAUGGAGUGACAAAACAUUUAAAAUACUUAAUCACCUGUCGUGUACCUGCUAAUGCAUCCUGCACAAUAACUAAACAUAUAAGCGUAAGAAUGGUACACUUUUUGCUUAGUAAGAAAAUAUUCAUGCGAUAUCUGACGGCGCUGCAGAACACACCUGAAAUGGCUGCAAAACAGAGGACUGCGAUGCUUGGAUGAAUUCGGUAAUAGAAUUGGAUAUCAUGGAGUGUUCAUCUCAAAUGUUACGUGUGUUUGUGUUAUGUACAUUUUUUCUUUAACAGGUAUGACCGGCUUUAAAGAUUUUGGACUGUGGAGGAAGUUGUGGCUGUGUAGUGUGAACUCAGGAAUGCAUUAACGUAGAAACCCAAACACUGGACUUGUGGGGUCCAUCUCAGUGAGACUCACAACAUCAUCAACAUAUUAUUAAGCAAGGCUGGAUAGUGGCUUGUAAAUGGAUAUAGUAUGGAUCAGCAGUUGGGCUUUGCUUCCACCAGCCCUGUAACAUUCCCCUUGCAUUAGCAUUUUUGGAAGACACAGGUAAAUACCAAUUCUUAAUAGCAAGAACUAACUUUUAAAGUUCAGUAGAUUGCAGAGAACAUUUUCACAUUAUUUGUUGCUCUGCAAAUACAAGUAUUGUCUUGAUAUUGUGAUUAGUUAGUAUUUUGUGAAAGUGAUUAGUAACAAGUUCAACCGAUACUCUUCAGUCACUCAUAUGAUAAUUUCUCUGCUAUCUUUUUUAGUGUCUUUAAUUCAAUUCGCCGUUAUUUUUUUUGUCAAUUUACAACACCCAAAUGACCCAAAUAGCUUUCCAGUAGAAAUAUAAAGUUAAGGUACAUGAGUCAUUGUACCUGAGUUGAGGAGUUCAACGUCUGUGUGUGUAGCCCACAAUACCAAGUUGGUGUUUGAUGAUUCAAUCAGACUUUCUGGAUCAAUAUGGACAUGUAAUUUUAGUCUGGAACCAUUCGUUCUCUUUUGGACUUUGCUGCUGUUGUUGUUGGAUGGCAUCCUGAUACUAAUGGAACGUGAAACAAGCUUCUUUUUUUUUUUUUCCCAGUUAGCCAAAGUUCAGCCGUACGUUAUCCAAGAUUUGAUAGUUUUUAGAUGGUUUCUCUGAUGUAAGUUGCAUGCUUAUUUUCCAAAUGACUACCUUUCAUUGCAAAAUAACAAAUUUAAACAACUAAAAACUAUUUCCAGGGUUUUAAAAAAUGUUUGCUAAACUUAAAAUUUUUUUUCUUGUGUUCUUUUUUUUCUUAGGUAGAAGUCUUUUUUUACCUGCUCAGGUUUCCCAGAGUAAAGUUAGGACAACAGCAUAAACGUAGGUGCUCUUUAGUCAAUAGUUUGUCAAGUGUCCGGACAGCAAUGGACAGAUGUUGGACGUCCUCAAUAGAAAAUAACCUCUGGAGGAGAUAUUGUCCAAAGACCAGUGGAAACACUGAUAAAAUCCAAAGCAAAAGUCAAAUGAGCGCCAAUAUUCACGAGACUAUAGGACACCUAAAAUACGUCGAAAAAUUGUGUCUAUGGCGCUAAUAAACACUUGUGUAUAUGAAGUUGAUUUUAUUGUAUAUAAUAUAAUGUAAUAAUAAUUAUACUAGAUGAACAUAAAAUAUUUUAUCUGAGGCUCUCAACAUCCUUCAGAACUUUACUUGACCUAAAUGUAAAUUUUAAUACUUGUAAUGUUAUGUCUGUGUGUUGGUGUUGUGUACACUUUGUUUUUCUUUGACAGGUGUUGGACUAUGAAAAGGAACUUUCCAAACCAAGACAUUCAGAGUCUGUAGCUUUUGUUGGAGCAGUUUUGUAAUCAAAAAGCUAUACUCUGGAGGACCAGAUAGAAGGGGAAAAAACCAAACCAAGCCAUUUUUGAUCACGGUGGCUCUAUCUCUUGGACUGUAGCUUGGAAAGCUGGAGGAUAUUUGGUCAUUCGCAAGUAAUCACAACUAAAGUAAUGUAGCAGACUACAUAGUCACUACAGUGAAAUACAGAGAUUCAGAACAACAUGUUUUGAAAAGAGCUGUUUGUCGUCAACAUUUGACGAAAGGUGGCACCAAGUAUACUUGACAGACCGAGAAGAAUUCAGUUACAUAGGUAUGAAAGAGAUAUUGUCUUUUGUUGACACAUUUCAGUGGCAUUAUUGAAGCAAAAAUGGAAGCUUUGAUGCACAUCUUUAAAGAAAAAAUCUUUGUCAAGAUUUGUUUAAAGGCGCCAAGCAGACCUAACAGACUUCUCAGUAACUAAGGACCGAGUUGUCCUCUAUUGCAAACACAUUUCUACAUAAGAAACGCCCUUAGUAGGGAUCGACCGAUUAGCUAGGCUGAUUAUUUGGCAUGCUUCCCAAGUAAAUUCACUACUUCAGCUCUGAUGCAGUUGGCUGUCUCUCUCUGCAUUUAUUCUGUGAUCUGAAACAGUGUCUCGUCCACAGCUUUAUCUGAUGGGCUACAUGUCUUGAGGCACAGGCAGUCACUGAAAGCCAUUGUUUACACAGAGUGACCGAUGAGAGCGUUAGCUGAGCAGCUGCUCCAGUGAAUUGGCAGAGCUGUGUUUGGAAGGUGAGGUGGAAGAUGUUGCUGAAGCUUUAAUAAAAACCACAAUCUUCUACACACAUGCCUGCUUUUUCUGUUACAUAGAAAAUUCCCCAAUAAUUUAGUAGUUGGUGUUAACAAGUGGUGCAGCAAGAACUUAUUUUGUUGACUGCUAGGCUACGGAUAUCACCAAGAGGUGUGCCAUGCCUUUGUCCAAUGGGUAACACUAUGUAGAAUGCGGCAGCAUGUUUGUUAAAAGUAAGAUUAACUUUAACAGUCUCUUCUGACAGAUAUGUCUCUCUAGCAGAGACACAACCUGUAAAAACUAUGCAAGAAAUACAGCCAUUACCAUAAGUCAGGGCGUUGGUUACUUUGAUAGUGUUAUUGAUCCCAGUAAGUUGAUCUUACUGUAGACAUGAGAGCAUUGUGACGUCACAUGAUGCAUUAAUCUCAUCACUUCUGUUUCUGUUGUACGUAUUCAAUUACAGUAAUCCUUAUUAAUGAAGAAUCCCAGUUAUGAAUGACAAGCUCCCUGCUAUCACACGCUGUUAAUGUAUAACAUUUAAUGUGUAUCUGUUGUCCGCCUUUCUUGAUCACCAGCAAUUAAUAUCGGCCCUAAAAACACCAUAUCGGUCGAUCCCUAGUUCUGAGUUGACAUUUUUUAUAGACAGCUCUGAUUUAGCUUUGCAAACUGAAGCUUCGACACGGACUUAUUUACUGAUUUAUCAGUGCCAUCAUGCACAUCUGACAUAUUGUAAAAUAAUGCUACUGCUGAGAUUUACAGCAAUUACAAAUGCAUUCUCACUUUAUGUUAUUACACAAAAAUUGAAAUCAAAUCUUUUACUCUGUCGUUUACAUCUAGAAUUUUUCUAAUGGUGAUGGAAAGUACACAACAUGAAUAUAUACUGAGUUCAGGAGGGGAUAUCCCUACUGCCUACUAGGGGUGUAACGGUACGUGUGUUUGUUCCAAAUUGUUUGCUACGUCACAUUUGCUUUACAUUUGCCGGCUGCCCUUAGAUUCAGUUAUUGCUGUGUUUCCUAUUUUUAUACUCAUUCUAAAGUAUGCCAUUGGAGAAGUUUGAAAGUGUCAAAAAAAUGUAAACUUACCUAAAUUCGCAAAAAAGUCUAUGCGCUUGGUUGAAGUUAUAUUGUUUUGCUUUGUGUACAUAAUGCACAUAACAGGAGAUGGAAACGCUUUGUUACAUCAGAGUGUAUUUUAAAAAGCAUUUAACUCAAAUGACUGAUCAGCUUUUGUUGUUUUUUUUAUAUACAUAUAUUAUGUGACAUUUAGAAGGUUGUUUCAAAUUGGCUCUACAGUUGUAUGACAGCAUUGCUGCUCUUUAUGUUGAUGUGUUCACACUACAAACAUUCUGGAGCUCCAACAUCCAAGACACUUUGCUGCACCAAUUGUCCAUCAGCAAUAGUACAUUGACAGGAUUAGCCAUGAAAGCUGAGCAGGUACUUUGCCUGUUUUGUUAAAGAUGUGCUAUUGUUUUGAUCGUAAACAGGUCAGUAUUUUGUGAUUGGCAGCAUGCAGCCUUCACAGUAAGAACUGUGGCCAAUUAGGUGCUUUUGAAUGUUUUACAUUUUUGGGGGAAAAAAAAAAUCAAAAGUUGAAUUAUGCAUUUCUUUUGUUAACUUGCGGCUACAUACUGACCCAUGAACCUCGUGUACCGUUACACCCCUACUGCCUGCACGUUUUGACUUUGCAACAGUGACCUUCCUCAAGUUUCAAGUCCAGAUUGUGAACCCACACACCUCACCACAACCUGUAGUUGUCUUUUAUUGUCCCUGACUCUAAAAGCGAAAUCUACACCAGUAGACCAGACCAACGUCCUAUUCACCAACGUACCUGAGGCAGGAAGUCCCAUGCACCUUACUGUUGAAGAGAGGAUGGCGUGUUGUGCCCGUGUGGUUGUGCGUGUUUCAUGUCUUUGAGUAAAUGAGGUGCGUUAGCUGCUGUCAGCCAGCUUGUCAAAGACAGGCUGCCCCAGUCCACAGUAGAGGCUCUUCACUGCAGUUGGGUUACAUUGACGAUGAGUAGUUCUGCAGAAGUCAGUGGACAGUAAAGCCUGGACUUGUUUGCACUGCAGCCAGAGGUAUGCUUACACAGAUCAGCCGAACACGUAAGGUAAGUGUCCCAUCCAUGUUUAUAAUACAAGAUGCACAGUUGUCCCAUAACUUAACUCUUCUCUGUCCUCUUCCUCCCCGUCGCUGCUCACAGUGACGUAUGCAGGGCUUCUGGCAUCACACUUUCAAAGAAUGGCAUCACAGUGCAGAUCUCUGUUCUUCAACCUUUUUUGUGUGUGGGUGGAAGCGCUGUAGCCGUGUGUGUGUGGUUGUAGUACUUUGGCCUCUCUGUAUGUAUGCAUGAAAACGUGUGUGUAUGGACGGCUGAGUCACUGGUUCAACAUUAGUGUCCAAAGGCAGAUGUGUGCUGAAAGUUCAUAUUUUCAAACAAACUGUUUUCAAGUGAAACUUUUUUUCUGUUUCUGCCCUUUUGGCAUUGCUUGGCCCAUUAAAACAAAAUAAGAAAUAAAGCUUUUUUUUAGAAAGAGCAAGUUUUGUACAACCGUGCAACAUAUUUCAGCUGCUUUUUCUUUGUUUCUGUCCUGAAUUUACAUUUAUUUUGCUGGAAACUCGUAUUUUAAAGCGGAUUAGUUGUGGAAACAGGCAGGUUGUGUGCAGCAAUGAACAGAAACCAAAAUCACCAACCAAACUAAUUUCUUACAUUUUUUCCACCAUGAUGCUGUUAGAAAACUCUGUCAUUCCCUUUUUUUAUAUAUAUCUGACUCUUUUAUAGUGAUGCGUCUGGUUAGAACAACAUUUUUUUUUAAAAUAUUAGUUAAUAUUUAAAUCGCACUGGAAGAACAUUUGUCAUUGACUUGUAGGGCUGUAAUCGUUCAAAGAAUAUCUUGGUUAACUGAAUUUGUACCGACUCAGUCAGUUGCUCAGUGGACCAACAGAGUCGGUAUGAUUUUUCCAGCUGAAGUUGAUUAUCCACAGUGCACUAAGUGCACUCUGACUGCUAGCUUUGUUAGCCUUUGUUAGCCUAAAUUAAUUGGUUAAUUAAAAAAAACGAUAAAUAUUAAUGAGCAGAGAGAAAACGUGAUGCAUAUUAAAUCAUCUUCAUUUAUUUUAUCCUAAAAUGAUAAGAACAGCAGACCAGCGUCCACCUGCACUUAUUUAUUUAAUUUCUAAAAAUAUAUCAACUGCUUAUCGCAGCACAGGAACUGCUGAGGACUGUAUAUUAUCUGCUGUUAUCAAAUGAUCUGCAGUGUUGGUUAGUGAGCUACGAUAAACAAACUGACGUUUACAAACUCAACUUUUUGGCCAUCUGUUUAAACUUUGACAUUGUGUCGAUUCAUUUGGAGCCAGCUUCAAGUAAACAUUCAGUAAAUGUUCAAAAGGUGAGAUUUAACAGGUUCCACUAGUUUGAACCAGUUUGAAGUUCUGAAAAUGUGGGAGGUCUGUUUCUCCCAAAAAUAAUGGAUUAUUUGUGGAAGACUGUUGAUGUAGUGCUUUUUUUCUUAUGAAAGUAACACCAUCAAUUGUCUGACCAAUGAGAAGUCGGUUGGGUGAAAGCAUAUCGACCAACCAGCAGACUGCAGCCCUACAGUUGAGUUCUUGUCUCAAGUUUACUUCUGACCUGCUCCGUCUCUGACUGUCAAACCUGUCCGUAAACAUGAGCUGUGGUGGUACUGGGUGGGAUGUAUGCAGUGUUGAAAUGUCCUGUAGUGCUUGGGUCACUCUGGGUGGGAUGUAGAAAAUCAAAGAAAUAAAACAUGCCUGUAUUAAUGCAGCGCUGACUGCAGACCUCUGAGCUGCUCCGACACUCUCAAUACAACCUUCACAGCCUCUGUGACUUUGUGUGUUUGUGGAUGCAGUUUGUUGUGAGUUUUUGUUUCUUUCUCUUGACAAAGAGAACAUUUCAGUUCAAACAGAUUUUCUUCCUCAGUCUUUGUUCAGCAGAUUUCUUCACUGUUAGCACAAUCUCUAUCUUUUAAAGAAAGAAAUAUCAGCUCUGGAUUUACCUCCACUGAUGGUGCGACCUGACUAUUACACCUGUACAGUUUGUAACAGAAACCUCGUGUGGGGAGAAAAACAGCUCUAGAGCACAUACAGAGCACUUUGAAAUGGAUCCUGUAUUAAAUACAGUUUCUCCUGUGCUGCUUCAUGAUGUGGAGCUCUUAGGCUGUAAUUUAUGAGAAGCUUGUGAUAAGUCUUGUGAUUUACAUCAAGUCUUUUUCAGCAGAACAAACAUCAAACUAAUGGUUGUUGAGCAGUCCGUGGUUUGCUGCAGGGAAAAGGAGCGACGUACGUGAUGAUUAUUGAAAAUAAUCAUUUUCGACAGUGCUCAAGUGAAAAUACACCAACGUGUCAGUAACUGUUCUACAGCCCUCCGUGCUUCAGCUGCAAAUGGUACUUGCUUUCCUUUCUCUCCUCUCAGUACCUCUUAAUUCUCAUUUUGUGUCUCUUCUGUUACAUUUGAAUGCCGAGUCAUACCAGUGACCAGCCAGCCAUUUUAAAAAGUACACUACACCACGUCUUUGACGUGUUGCUUGUACGUAGGAGUUGUCUCGUAACUGUGAAGAUCCAUGGUGUGACCUGAAGUCUAUGGUUCUCUAAACCUCUGAUGAUCAGGAGGAGACGACGCUGAGGUCAGCCUCUGGAGGCUGUGAUGUAUCCGUCUGCACUGUGAUCCAUUUUGAAACCAAGUCCUCAGUCCUGAUUGGCCAACAUCUUUUCUCUCUACUGUUUGAGUGUGAUGCCAGAAUGUCCCUUUUGGCCUUAUCGGCCUCGUCUAAAGUCUGACAGACUGACACUGAAAAUGACCACAAGACCAAGUCUGUGCUCGGUGGUGCAGCUCCGUUUGGGGUCGUCCUGCAGUAAAACCCCUGAUGUGUCAGUAUGACGUCAAGCUUCACGAGGCUUUGUAACUGAAUCCUACCUGCUGAGGAUCACAACGGAUCUGAACGUUGUUGUCACGAAUUUGUCUCGUUCCCUCUGCAGUCUCUAAAACAUGAACUUCAGGGUGCUGAGAUGCCGUUCAGUAACACACAGUUCAUACUACAUAUCUACACUUGUCCUCACACUGACACACACCACAUACUUGUAUUGCAUGUUCACACUGUAACAUCAUAACCUUUUUUUUUUUUUUCUUCUUGUGAAUACCCACAGUCAUUGCCCACACAGACAUAUCAGUACAAUAUGCACAUACACACACAGGCACAGGCUGUUUGUCUUUAUAAACGUGGAAAAUAAGUAAUAACAUUUAUUAUUUAAAUAAAGCUGCUGACCAGUCCACUGCCAGACUCUCAUUGUUUGUUUCUCGCCACAGGAGCCUCGACCAAUCGAAGGAGGCUGAAAGUCCAAACCGAUGAACCAAGAUAAAAUGAAGACUGAUGUCUGAUAAAGUUCCAGAGCGUCAGGAGACUCAGCGACUGAUGUCGCCAUGACGCCGCCGCCAUGUGCUGGUGAAGCAGCUGCAGUGUCAGGACACGUCCAGCAGAGGACAACAGGCUGCAUCCAGAGGAGGGACGCACUGUUUCUCUGCUCUGACCUUUAAGAAUAAAUGAUACAAACCUGA